CAGCGGAGAGCAGUGAGUGUGUCGCCACACUGGCGCUACGCCCUCGUAUCGGCCAGACACUCGGUCGCAACCGCUUCGUCACACCUGCUCGCCGCCCGCCUGCGUACUGUCGCGGUACUGUCGUGGGUGCCGCCGCCACUGCGCGAAGCCGUCGCACUGAUGUGGACAUCGGCGUUCAACUUCCUGCUCGCCCUGCUCAUCUUCGCCUUCAACCUGCUCGUACUGAUCGCCAUCUCUUCCGACAAACAUCUGCACUCCACCACUCAUCUGCUCAGCUGUAAUCUCUGGCUGUGUAACUGCAUAUCAGCCAUAGUUACUAUAUUCUUCAGUUUAACUCCCUCAUAUCAAAAUGUCGUCCACUGCUCUAUCGAUGGCAUCUACAACUUCAUGGCGAUAAAUGGUGAUACAGUGCAACGAGUUCGUUCAUGGAAUGAUGGCUGGAGCAGUGUUGAACAAUCUGGAGCACAUGCUGCUGCUGUGUUGCUUAAUUCCACAGUCAGUCUGCUCAGUCUUCUCACUAUUGGAGUUGUACAUGCACUUUCUCGGCAUAAUUAUCACUUAUCCAAAUCUCAAUCUUCACGGCUUCUUGCGAGCAGCUGGGUUCUCGUCGCGAUUCUUCUUCUAGCAGAUUUUCUACUUGUGCGAACAUCGCAGUCGUUAAUAUUGGCCGUACCAUUUCAUCUAGCUCUACUGUCCGUAUUCCUAAUGCUUAAUCUCGUAGUUCACCCUUUGAAUCUUAUCCUGCUCAGCAGAAGUCGACCAAAUUCUCAGGAGCCGGAACGAGCACGAAUGCUCGAAGAAUCUGCUACAGCAGCUCUAUGGUUAUUGCUCAAUAGCCUUUCAUUCAUCAUCAUUGUUAUGAUGGUGUUAUGGGAAUCUAAGAAGGGCAGUAAGGAAGCCGACUCAAUUAUGGGCAUUGAAAUGGCUGCUUAUUCAGUACAUUGCAUAGCAAAUCCGCUAAUAGCAGUAAUUCGAGACAGACGACUGGAAAACACCUUGGCACAUAUUCUCUUACGGAAUAAGCGGCAAACACCAGACGAGGAACUGAUAGUGGCGUUAAUGAGGGAUCCACCUCCGCCCUACACAACAUAGCGCUCGCUUUAACAACCCCGCAUACAUUUGUGAACAUUGUAUAUAUGUAAAUGUAAUCAGAUUUCUAUUAGAAACGAGUGAUGACGAGUAAUUUGAAGGUGUGGUGGUAAAGCACCUUCAUUAUAAACACUAAGACAGCAGUAUGUUCAACAUUUUUCUUCAAAUGACUGAUCAGCUGUCACUGAUC